AUGAAGGAUGACAAGGGUGACCAGCCUUCAGAGUUCCCCCGCACGGGACUCCAGCCUGGGAUAGAUCAGACCGAGGCCGGGACGGGCAAGAGCAGCCCCCUUCACAACGAUGCCCGCUCAGGAAUAGCCGGAUCGAAGCUGGACGCCGGUGUUGGCGAGGCAGGGAGGACGCAGCUCAUGCCGGAGGAUCCCAUCAAGCACAGCAGCACUUACGAUGCAUCCAAGUAUCCCAUUGCGCAGCCUCGCGCGACAGAGCACAAGCAGCAGGAUGUGAUUGCACCCUCUCCACACGCCACCACGAACCUGGGAGGGGUAAACACCCCCAAGGACGCUGGCUAUGCACCCCUGCACGAGAGCAUUGCCUCAGGAGCCACCAGCGUGACUGGCUCCGUGGGCAGCUACGCUUCACAGGGCAAGGGCAUCCCCAGCACUAAGCCGGCCACCACCGACAUUGGGCUGACACCAGCCAUCUCCAAGAUCGAUGCCAAGCCAGACACAUCCAAGAUUGGCUCCGCCACCAAGGGCCAUGUGGAAUCGGAGCCCCUGCUGAAGCAUAAGGCGGAUGACAACAAGGCUGCCCACGGCACCGGCAUGGGCCUGCCCAACUUUGCCCAGGACACUGGUUUCAACAGCACCAAGCCGUUCUCCACGAACACAAGCUCAGCACCGGACGUGUCUAAGAUCACCGCCAAGUUUGACGCGUCGAGCACCGGCUUCAGCACCGGCGCUCAGUCUGACGCUGCCGGCUCGCUGCACCACAAGGCUCAGGAGAACAAGGCUGCGCACGGCUCCGGCAUGGGCCUGCCCAACUCUGCCCAGGACACGCUGAGCAAGGGAGGCAAGGACGAUGCCAGCAGCUUUUCCUUCGACAACAAGUUGGACAAGAAGACUGGCGGCAGCAUCCUGGACUCAGCCAGGGACCACUCUGACAGCUCAUCCAAGAGGAGCGACUACACAAGCGCUCUGGACAAGAUCACAGACAGCACAGCCGACAGUGGCACGGCGACUUCUGAGAGCAAGGGCGUGACGGCCACCGCUGCCGAGUACAUCAGCUCGGGCGCGCAGGCUGUUGCUCAGAAGGCCAAGGAGGUUCGUGAGUCUGUGGAUUCAGGCACUGCAACCAAGGAUGCCAAGGCCAAUGUGCAGGGUGCCAGCGACAAGACAAAGGCAGCUGGGCAGUCAGUGGUGGACAGCGCAGCGCAGGGCACCAAGACUGUGGGUGACGCCGUCAAGCCCUACACCGACGCUGCUGCCGACCAGGCCAAGGCCGCUGUGGACGCGGUCCAGGAGAAGUCCGGCAUUGCGGGCAGGAACGACAUGACCGUCCUGCAGAAGGCGCAGGCUGUCGUCCAGACGGCCGCCGCCGCCACUGCUGAGAAGGCCAGCCAGGCUUACCAGGUGGUUGCACAGAAGGUGCACGAAACGGGUCUGCCGCAGGCAGCGGCCGGGCACGCUGCGACGGCGCGCGACACGGCCGCCGGCACGGCCGCCACCGCGCGCGACCGCGCUGCCGAGCAUGCUGCGGCCGCAAAGGAAGUUGCUGCCGCCAAGUACAGCGACCUCUCCGCCGAGGCGCAGCGUCAGCAGGAGGCUGGCAAGGCGGCCCUGGAGCAGGGCAAAAUGCAUGUGCAGGAGGCUGGCCGUGCUGCGCAGCAGAAGGCUGCAGAGCUCGCGCAGAACGUGCGUGAGGCUUCAGUUGAGGAUGUGAACCGCAGCUGGCUGGGUCGCACUGCGGGAGGCAUCGUGCUCGUCGCCCUGGCCAGCUAUGCACUGGGCGUGCCAUUCCGCUACGGCCUGGCGGCAGCCCUGUUUGCUCUGGCUGCUGUGCUGUUUGCUGACUGGGACCGCUCCCGCAGCGUCGGCGGCCGCAGCUCCCCGCUCAUGCACACGCGCAUUGUUGAGCCGAAGACUGUGGAGGUUCGCCCCGAGAUGCUGGUGACGCCGACAGAGUUUGGCAUUGUCAAGGCGCAUGCCGGCCGCAUCGAGGAGCACCCACUCACCGGAGCGCGCUUUGUGAAGGAAGAGUGA